CGAUUCUGCCAGCACCUGGGUGCGUCAUCCAGCUUACUGUGUAGCACGAAUCUGCACCGCCUGCUAUUUUAAGCUUAGCUGAAGCUCAAGCUACUCCCUGUCACCCGAUCGCAAUAAUCCCAGCAACCUCGCUCAUUGAACCACCGAGACGCCUACCCGACGCUGUGCACCGGCGAAUGGACCAGCAGCAGAAUACGGCGCCACGCACCCCAACCGCGAGUGUUUCCCAGCUACGACAAUGGCGCACCUCGGGCCCGGCAAGGCGGCGAGCAGCAAGGAGCAGGCCGGGCUGCGGUAUCCGUCCAACGGCAAGACCAUCUACCACCGCCCGCUGAACCGCAGUAAGACGGCCGAGCUCAGCCAGGCGAGCUUCGCCUACCUCUUCUCCGAGAUGGUGAGCUACGCGCAGCGGCGGGUAACAGGAAUACAAGAGCUGGAAAAGCGCCUCAACCUCCAAGGCCACCCGAUUGGCCUCAAGCUGCUCGACCUGCUGCUCAUCCGCGAGCCGCCGCGGUCGCAGACGCGCCCGCUGACGAUCAUCGCGCUGCUGCACUUCAUCAAGAUCAACCUGUGGACGCACCUGUUCGGGCGGCAGGCGGACCGGCUCGAGAAGAGCUCGAACCCGGACACGCCGGACGAGUACAUGAUCAUCGACAACGAGCCGCUCGUCAACGCGUACAUCAGCGUGCCGCGCGAGAUGAGCCAGCUCAACUGCGCCGCCUUCGUCGCCGGCGUCGUCGAGGGCGUCUGCGACGGCGCCAUGUUCCCCGCCCGCGUCACGGCGCAUAGUGUCGGGGGCAAGGAGGAGGGCGAGAUGUGGCCCGGCAAGACGGUGUUCUUGGUCAAGUUUGAGCCGGAGGUGCUGGAGCGGGAGGCGCUGAUUGGGAAGGGUUGAGGAUGGGUCGGCCGGGAAUCAGCGGGAUGUGGGGGCUGCGGGCUCAGUUGUUGGGGAGGUUUUGCAUCUUGUUUGGCGUUUUGGGUUUCAGGGCGCGGUUCAAUCAG